AUGGCGCGCUGCCGCGGUUCCAUGAACCGCCGCAGGGACUGGCGCGGCUCCGUUAUUAACCAACGCGCUUGCUGCCCCGGGACCGUUGCGCUCCUUGCCCUCAUCGCCGCUCUUUCCGCAACUCCCCCAGCAUCCGCGCAAUAUCUCUUCCCCGCCACCCCCGCGCCCCCUCCUCCGAACUCUUCCGCCGAUGCUUCCGCCGCAGCUGCUUCCGCUUCACCCUUCCAAAACGGGCAACGCAAUAACGGGGCGGACGAUAACAAGGACGCGCUACCAGUGGUGACUAUAGCGGGGCCCCGACUGUCUGAAGUGCCCGGACGGCAACCAGAGAAAUCCGCUUCACUAUCUGCUGCCACGUCAGCAGCUACAACCGCCGCUGCUACAGCAACGGCAGGUUUGUCUGGGUCAACUAGACGACCCAGUGGCGAGGAACUCUAUAUCGUGUAUUUCAGAAACGUGCCGUCCGUUAUAGACUAUAAGGGCGGCAUCCCUGGAUUUGCUGCUACAGCAGCUCCUGCUACCAGCGAUGGUCUCACUGCCUCCGCUGCUACAGCCGCUACAGAUGAUGAUGAUGACGUGGAAAGCUAUGAGGCUGGAUAUGAUUCGGAUGCUACAGGGGCUCCGUAUGCUACAGGUGGUGCUGCUGGCGCAGGCGGAAGGAUCGCAAGCGCAAGCAGCGCAGGAGAAGCGAUAAGGGGACUAGUAAACGCUUCAGUGGCAUCAAUAGCAACAGCAGGAGCAGGAGUAGUGGGAGAAGGAGGAGCAGGAGGAGGAAGAGGAGUAAGAUCAAGGGCAGCAGCAGGCAGAGCAGCGGCGGCGGCGGCGGCGGUGCAGGCGAUGGGGGCGCUGGACGGGCCGCGCGGCAGCAGGCGCGCGGACGAGCGCGAGAGCGACGUGCGCGCGUUCGCGCAGUUCGUGGGGGGCGUGCAGCAGCACAUGCUGCAGGCCGUCGGUAUUCCCAAGAAUCGCAUCGUGCAUAGCUACCGCUACGUGCUGAACGGAGUGAGUGUCAAACUGACCCGUUUAGAGGCCCACCGCUUGCAGCGGCACGAGUCGGUGCUGAAAGUGGAGCGAUGCCAGACGGUCACAGUUCAAACCAUUCACACGCCGCAGUUCCUGCAGCUGCCCUCGGGUGUGUGGCCGAGCGUGGGCGGGAGGAGCAAGGCAGGCAAUGGCAUGAUCAUUGGGAUCGUGGAUACGGGUAUCUGGCCCGAGCACCCCAGCUUCAGCGAUAAGGGCUAUCCCCCAGUACCUCCCCGCUGGCGAGGCAAGUGCACCACGACGAGCGAUUUUAAAGCCUGCAGCAAGAAGAUCAUCGGCGCACACUACUUUGCCGAGGGGCUCGUGGCGAGUGGCGGCUCUGUCGACCCCUCCGCUGAGUACCUGUCGCCACGAGAUGCUAGUGACCACGGCACAUGGUGUGCGGGAGCCGCAGCAGGAAACCCGGUAAAGGUGUCCGGAGGAGGAGUGCAGUUCGGUACAGCGAGUGGCAUGGCUCCCAGAGCGCGGAUAGCAGUCUACAAGGCCAUCUGGGUGCAGGGCAAGCUGGCCAUUGGAUCGGACUCGGACGUGUUUGCAGCCGUUGAUCGCGCGGUGGCGGACGGUGUGGAUGUGCUGAGCAUGUCCGUGGCUAUCAAUGAGGAGACUUAUUUCAAGCAUCUGGCGAUGCUGCGUGCUGCCAGGGCAGGGGUGUUUGUGUCACUGGUGGCAGGCAACAGUGGGCUUCCCCCCGCAAGCCCCAAGCUCUAUCGCACGCUCACCAACCUCUCGCCUUACUACAUCACCGUUGCAGCCAGCACGUCCAGCCAAGCCUGGCCGCCCCAAGCCAGGCUGUCACUGGGCAACAGGCAGAGCUACCUGGGGGAGACACUCCUGGGCGGCAGCACUGCCACGCGCCAGCUGCCUCUGGUGGAUGGCAAGACAUCCGCUGCUGCCGGGUACACGGCUUCGCAGGCCGAGGCAUGCGUGCCCUACUCUUUAGCGCCCUCCAAGGUGCGUGGCAAGAUCGUGGUGUGCUGCACGGGAUUUUCCUACGCGAGUGAGAAGGCAGCGGAGGUGGCGAGGGUGGGCGGGCGGGCGAUCAUUGUGGUGCCAUACGCGAAUGGGGAGGGCGCAGUGAGGACCGUGGCCUUGGGAUUGCCGGGGCUGUUCCUCGUGUUCUGGAAGGGCAAGGCCAUUCGCGAGUAUAUUCGCAGCACCCCCAACCCUACUGCAACCCUCUCGGCGCUCUUCCUACCCAAGCAGGUGGCUCCCGAAAUGGCCGUCUUUUCAGGCGCAGGUCCCUCCGUCAAUCCCGCUGCAGGCUUCUACGACAGCAGCAAGGUCACCAACGCCAUCUUAAAGCCCGACAUCACCGCGCCAGGCGCGAGCGGAGAAACAGGCGAGCGGAGAAACGGGCGAGCGGAGAAACGGGCGAGCGGGGAACGGGCGAGGCGCUUGGACUUUCAACGAGCAGCAGGCGAACGGAGCAGCAGACGAGCAGGGCAGGAGGUGAGCGGAGCAGCAGACGAGCGGAGCAGCAGACGAGCGGAGCAGCAGACGAGCGGAGCAGCAGGCGAGAGGAGCAGCAGGCGAGCGGAGCAGCAGGCGAGCGGAGCAGCAGGCGAGCAACGCAACAGGCAAGCGGAGCAACAGGAGAGGCUCUUUUCGGUUAUGGAUGCUAGUACUCACGAAACCACCCCUGUUGAAGCACGAGCGCCAGCAGCAGCUUCGUCGGCCGCGUCAAUGGCGGCUUCCGCCGUUUCCUCCUUCAGCGCCGGCGCCUCCGACUCUUCCGCCGCAUCUACCGCCGCGAUUUCAAUCGAGGAGUCGCCUCACGGUCGAACCGCGUCCCCGUGCGCCGCGUGCAAGUUCCUCCGGCGGAAAUGCACGGCGGAGUGCGUUUUCGCGCCGUACUUCCCGCCGGACCAGCCGGGCCGAUUCGCGAACGUUCACCGCGUGUUCGGCGCGAGCAACGUGACGCGGAUCCUGGCGGAGCUUCCGCCGGAGCUGCGCGGAGACGCAGCGAAUAGCAUGGCAUAUGAAGCGGAGGCGCGAGUUCAGGACCCGGUGUACGGCUGCGUGAGCGCGAUUUCGUUACUGCAGCAGCACGUUGUUCAUCUGCAAACGGAGCUGCUUGUAGCGCAGCAGGAGCUUUCGGGGCUGCAGCGCGCGCUAGAAGCCUCCGCGCAGGCAGCACAGGCGCAAGCAUCACAGGCGCAAGCAUCACAGGCGCAAGCAUCACAGGCGCAGGGGCAUGCGCUUCACCUUUCCGCUGCAGCUGUGUCCGCACCAGCACAGACACCUGUACCAACCACUGCCGACAAUCCCCCCCCCGAGUCAGCCAUGACCCAAGAGCCUCCCGCGUAUCCCCCAGCCCACACAACCGCAGCCAACCCCCUCUCUUUCCCCACUGACCCCUCUGCCCUCUCUGCCCCCGCUGUGCCCACUGCCCCCACUGCUGUCCCUUCUGCCCCCUUCGCCACUGCUCCCUCCUUUGCUGUCCCCGCUGCUGCCCCUUCUGUGGCAUGCGCAUCCCAAGCAGCGGCAGCAGCAGCAGCAGUGGCAGCAUCAGCUCCAGACGCCUCUGUUCCACCUCCAUUGCUGCUGAACUCUGUAACAGGUGUCGUGGAAGGAGGUGCUGGUGUGCCGCUAAUGCAUGCCUCGUUUGAGUCUCAAACGCCAUCGCCUGCUGGUACUGCAGUUGUGACCUCGUUACAAGCUGCUCCUGUAGCUGCAUUGCAGCCUGCCCCUGUCUCCGUGCUAUAA